AUGACUCCACUCAUUUAUGCUUCAUAUGAAGGACAUCUGGAAGUUGUUCAUUAUUUGAUCUCAAUUAGAGCAGAUUUAGAAGCCAAAGAUCAACAUGAAAAUACUGCACUAAUAUGGGCAUCGUUUAAAGGUCAUCUUGAUGUUGUCACAUACCUUCUUACUGCUGCAGCAAAUUUUGAAGCAUGGAGUAAUGAAGGAUUUACUCUACUCAUUGAUGCAUCUUCAAACGGUAAACUUUGUGUUGUUCAAUAUCUUGAUACAUAA